UGUUUUAGCGCUCGAGUCAAUCCCCUGGCAGGCGGAGAUAUAUGAGCGACAUUCCACUCACUGAUCGUGCAGUACACAGGAUCAUUUCACACAGAGAGGACCGUUCGAGGAUCAUUUACUGAGAUCUUUUCUGUUUUUAGCCGCUUAUACGAAUUCACAGACGGAUAAAUUCAGCACGAUUCCUUCCAGAGAUCAGCCGAGGAAGAUGGCUUCAAUCCCCGCCGUGUCUGUGCUGAUUCUGGCCAUCGUUGUUCCGAGCCUGGCUGGAUACAUUGAGGCGCUGGCGGCAAACGCAGGUACCGGAUUUGCUGUGGCCGAACCGCAGGUCGCCAUGUUCUGCGGCAAACUUAACAUGCACGUUAACAUACAGACUGGCCGCUGGGAGCCGGACCCUACCGGUACCAAAACCUGUGUUGGAACCAAAAAGGAAGUGCUGGAGUACUGUCAAGAGAUUUACCCUGAACUUAAAAUCUCAAAUGUUGUGGAGGCCAACCAGCCAGUCAAGAUUGAGAACUGGUGCAAAAAAGACAAGAAACAGUGCAAGGGCCACGGCCACAUCGUGGUUCCCUACAAGUGCUUGGUUGGUGAAUUCGUGAGUGAUGUCCUCCUGGUGCCGGAGAGGUGUAAAUUCUUUCAUAAGGAGCGUAUGGAUAUGUGCGUGAGUCACCAGCAGUGGCACGGCGUCGCUAAAGAGGCCUGCUCGAAGGGAAACAUGGUCCUGCACAGCUAUGGUAUGUUGUUGCCCUGUGGCAUCGAUAAGUUCUACGGCACCGAGUACGUCUGCUGCCCGUAUGCUCACCCAGAAGAGCCCGUACCCAUUGACACGCUCUCCAAGGAGGUAGAUGAGGAAGAUGAGGAUGAGGACAUUGAGGAGCCUGUCGUUGAUGUUGAUGAUGAAGAAGCAGAUGCAGAAGAUGAUGAAGCAGUUGAGGAAAGCGAGCCUGCUGCCAAUGAGCCGCCCACUCAGGAGGACACAGCUGCUGAAGAAGAAGAAGAAGAGGACGACGAUGGAGAUGAGGAAGACUAUCACUACGUGUAUGAAGAUGAAGAAGAUGACAGAGACAGCGAAGAGAAGGACGUGAAAAAGGAGAAGACUGCCGUCACCGAUGGCCAGGAUGAGGAAGAAACUCAGCAGGAAGUGGAAGCUGUUUGUUCUCUGGAGGCGGAGACCGGCCCCUGCCGCGCCUCUAAGCCUCGCUGGUACUUCGACGUGCAGCAGAGGAAGUGCGUGCGCUUCAUCUACGGAGGCUGUGCCGGCAACCGCAACAAUUUCGACUCAGAGGAGUACUGCAUGGCCGUGUGCAGACGUCUGACCGUUCCACCCACCCCUCAGCCCACAGACGAUGUGGAUGUGUACUUUGAGACCCCAGCUGAUGAUAAAGAGCACAGCCGCUUCCAGAAAGCCAAAGAGCAACUGGAGAUCAGGCAUCGCAACCGUAUGGAGAGGGUGAGGAAGGAAUGGGAGGAGGCAGAGAGCCAGGCCAGAAACCUGCCCAAAGCUGAGAGACAGACACUGAUUCAGCACUUCCAGGCUAUGGUGGAGUCUCUGGAGGAGGAGGCAGCCAGCGAGAAACAGCAGCUUGUAGAGACUCACCUUGCCCGGGUGGAGGCCAUGUUGAACGACAGACGCCGUCUGACCCUGGAGAACUACCUGGCCGCCCUGCAGGCUGACCCACCAAGGCCUCACCGUAUCCUGCAGGCCCUGAAGAGGUACGUACGUGCGGAGAAUAAGGAUCGUCAGCACACCGUUCGCCACUAUCAGCAUGUUUUGGCUGUGGAUCCAGAGAAAGCUGCCCAGAUGAAGUCUCAGGUGAUGACCCACCUGCGGGUGAUUGAGGAACGGAUGAACCAGAGCCUGACUCUGCUAUACAAGGUGCCCUUCGUCACAGAGGGAAUAGAGGAUGAGAUCGAUGAAGUUCUCCAGUUGGUUUACCAGGAUCAAAAGGCAGAUAUGGACCAGUUCCUGUCCUCCAUAUCCGAAUCUCAGCCUGAUGUCACCGUGUCCUCUGAGGAGAGCGUGGAAACUCCUGCUUUUGAAGGGAAGCCCUUCCGGCCCUUCCAGGUCAACUCUCUAGGCCCCCUUCCUGAACCUGAGGGCGAUCUCUCUGAACCCCAUCGUGCCUUCAAGAAAGGGUCUGGCAUGAACAGUCUUGACGGUCUCAUUGGAGCAGAGGAGAAAAUCAUCAACAGCAAGGGAAAGAUCAACGAGAAUGUGGUAAUUGAUGAAACUCUGGAUGUUAAGGAAGUGAUUUUGAAUGGUGUUGAUCCACUGUUCAGUCGCGGAUCGGAGCAGGAUACGUUCCGCCCCCUGGUGGAUGACUUCAGCUUCGGAAGCAGCGCUCUGAUUGGCUUGCUGGUGAUUGCGGUGGCCAUAGCGACGGUGAUUGUGAUCAGUCUCGUGCUACUGAGGAAGAGGCAGUAUGGCACCAUCAGUCACGGCAUUGUGGAGGUCGAUCCCAUGCUGACUCCAGAAGAGCGCCACCUGAACAAGAUGCAGAACCACGGCUACGAGAACCCCACCUACAAAUAUCUGGAGCAGAUGCAGGUUUAGCCAUUUUGGGGUUCUGCGGAGCUGGAAAGGGGCGAAAAUACUACUGACCAAUUAUAAAACUGCUCUCUUCAAAUCAUUUCAUGCAUUUGAAAUGCAUAUUCCGGUUCAUAAAAGUAAUCAAAAAAACAAUGGUUUAAUAACGCUACUACUUUUAAUGAUGCUACUAUCGUACCACAGAGCAGUUUUGUGUUGUUUUUUCCUUUUAAAGACGUUUUAUCUAAGGUUUCACAUCAGGAGAACGCGAUUUGAUAUGCUUACAAUUGGAAUGCAUUGUGAUUUUAUUUUAGAUGUUUUUAGAGGUACAGCAAAUCCAAAACAAUCGAUUUAAAGACACUGCACAGUUUUAUCUACACUAUCGCUGGCCGUUGGAUAUACUUUUUUCCCAAUAGAUUGCUUGUAUAUGAAGGUUAUUUGUAACAACUUAAAUGUAUAGUGAAUCAGAAAAUAUGAAAACGAAAUCAUUUACUUUGUAAUUAUUAAACGAAACACACAAUCUACGUAAAUAGGUGGUACAUUUAUUCAUAGUCAUUUUUUCCUUCAGAGCUUAAAAUCUUUGCUGGGUUACAGGUUUAAACUUUGAGAUUUAAGGACUGAUAUUCCCGGUUCAAACUUGUGAUACCAUCACCUGUGUAGGAUGUGAUGAAUGAUUCAAACAGAACGGCGUGACAAUCUGCCAGAUCUUUUUGCUGAUAGCGGAUGUAGAGAUGCCCUGUUGCUUUUCUGAAUGAAUAUUUACUGUACAUUACUUGUUUUCAUCAUUUGGUCAUGGACCAGUGAAAUAAUGUGGCCCUUUCAGAUGGUCAUUGUUGAUGGGUUUGAAGCGGGGAGGGCCAAAAGGAGUCUCUCAUAUCACACUUAAACAUUUCAUACUCAAAAUCUCCACCGAAUGUUUUUCUGUAUGUCCGCAGACUCCCUUUUAUAAGUGUAAAUCUGACCAGAUAAAGUCUUCGCGUUCAGCUUUGGCUCAAUUUAUCACAUAAUUGUACAGCAUUUCUGUGGCGUAGCUGCUUAAUCAGACCUGCCAUGGGAAGUUUUUUUGUGUGGCAAAGUUUUGCGCACAUUGCUUAAAUCAAAGAGAUCAUACAGUAGAUACAUUAAAGGAAAAGCCUGUAAUUAUACUACUAUACUAUGUAUACUUUAUUGUAUCAGUCCCACAAGGACAGACCCUUGCAAAUUGUAAUAAAAGCAAAAACACUACAAAUCAUACAGAUGGGGUCCAAAGGCAGAUGUUGUGCAUGUCCACUAAUAUGGAAGGCAAAGAAAAAUGUUUUUUCUUCCCCCCCUCUUCUUAGCAAUGUCUUUGUAUGGCUGUAUAGUUGAUGUUGCGAUCAUUGGCUUUUAUCAAGGACAACAUGUGGUGUGCAUUGUUCUUAAAUGAAAUGUUAUGAUAUAUAUUUUUAAGUUCUCUUUUUUUUCUAUUUUCCCCUCUUCCUGUGACAGUAUUUCUGUAUGUGACUUUCACUAUGCACCUAAAUGGCUCCAGUUUUGGACCUUGUCAUUGCCUGCUUGAUUGUUGAAAUGGUUGUAGGUUUGAGGGGCAAAUAAUAUAAGAUUCAUAUAUUAGAACUGAAUUAUCUGAAUCCAGUGGAAAAUGGUUUCGUGGUUACAGGUGGAGAACACAUCAAUAAAUUCACUACUUCCAUAAA